AUGGCGUGUGCCGGGCAUCCCGUUGCAACCUGGUGCGGCACGUCAACUGGGAUACGGCGUGCCAGCAACGGAGUUGCGCCUUUCGACAUAGAAGCUUCCCACGCGGCCCUGCCCACGGAGCCCGAACGACAAGAGGAGCCGCUCGACUCGACGCCGGAUUGUGAUGACGUCGUUUCCGGCGAGGGCUGGCCUAAUGAUGGGGUGACAAAGUCCGAUCCGAGCGAUCCGGGGCCCAAGCAAGCCGACGCGCUGUUCAGGAGGGUGUCCAGGAGAGUCGUGAUCCCGUGCUGCCUUGUGGCGUUCGUCUGUUACGUUGACAGGACGAACCUGGGCCUGGGGGCCGACGACUUCUGUAGACAUCUCGGCAUCACGAAUUCUCAGUAUGGCACUGGCGUAUCGCUGUUUUUCGUGGGAUACUCCGUGUUCCAGAUACCCAGCAACCUGAUUCUCGAGAGGGUGGGGACGCCCCUGUGGAUGUGCACGAUCAUGAUCACCUGGGGCAUGCCAUAUGGCAGCUUCGGCAAUGGCCUUCGUCACGA